AUGGUAAGUUCAAAGGUCAUUGAUACCCCUAUUGCCACAGCCACUCGUCUGGACAUGGAUGAACAUGGUUCUUCUGUGAAUGAGACCAUGUUUCAAUCCAAUCCAAAGGGGUCUCAUCUGAAGGCAGCCAAAAGAAUCUUGAGGUAUCUCAAAGAGACGCAGGACCUGGUUCUCUACUAUCCCUCUGGAGACAAUUUCGACCUGAUCGGGUAUGCUGACGCUGAUUAUGCUGGUUAUCUGGUGGAUAGGAAAAGGACUUCUAUCAUGUCACACUUUCUGGGAUCAUGUCUAAUCUCAUGGGGUACAAGAAAACAAAACUCAAUGGCUCUUUCAACUGCAGAAGCUAAUAUGUGGCAACUGCCUCUUGUUGUGCACAACUGCUGUGGAUCAAACAGCAGCUAG